AUGCCGGUCGUGGUGCCUCACUAUUAUGACCUCAUGCAGAACGCCCUAACAGCAGCUACAUUGGAUCUUAAGCCCCUGCCCCUCCAAGUUUUCUACUCCCGUCGGGCCGAGGAUAGCCCAAGAACCAAUAUUGACAAAGUCUCAGACACGGAGUACAGCUCACCCAAGGAAGAAGUUACCCCCGAGGAAGAAGAAUUGUGCCAACCGUUAGACGACGACACCAGACGCCGCAUACGAAGCCAACAAGCCCCAAGCCCCAACAGUUCCCCGUUCUCAACAAUUAGCCUUUUGGACAUUGAGACAUCUAGGCCCCCAAGCAGAGGGCGAUCAGACUCCGAAGCAACUGCAGUACCACCACCACCCUCGACAAGCCUGUGGCAAAGUCAAAACGACCGAGCGCCAGCCACCAACCCCCGACCCCAACCCCCGGCAAGCUACCCCACCCCACCAAACUCGCAAGCACCUGCCCUCCAGCUAACAGGGCUAGCACCGCCACGCCACACCUCUUCCACACCACACCAGCCCCCAACACCACCCAAAAUGGCGGAAGCAAGCGACCAGAACCUACACUGGGCACGAGAACGCCUGCGUGAUCUGGACCAAUUCAAUGGGAAGGAACUCACCGUAAAACAAGUAGAGAGCACGUGGAGGAAACGUUUCUGCAAAACGGUCAACGCAUAUAAGGUUAGCAAUAACCAACAACGCGCCUUGUGGCUGGAACACCUCGAGGAGCCCUCGUUGGCAGCCAAAUGGGCGGAACAAAUGGAGGACGAGGGGAAAAUUGGGACAUGGGAUGCGCUGGUGAAGGAGUUGGGCGUGCGCUGGCCAGCGCCGGAUGAAGCGGAGAAGCAGAAGGAAAGAACGGAGCGGUGGUACCAGCAUGCAAUUGAGGAGAAGAAAUUAGGGACCAGGGUAGAGGGGAUAGGCAGAGCGUCGGAGCCGUAUUACGUUGUCUGGGCAAGGGAACACAUGGCGUUAGCAGCAGAAAUGGGUGCAGGGAAAGUAGGCAAGGAGAAGUUUAUGGUGGAAUGGACAUGGCACCGGGCCCUCCCAAGUACCCUCAAGGGGUUGCUGCCAAAAGAAUUUGGCAAAUAUAAAACAAUUGCCGAGCUUUGCAAGGAUGUUAUCAGCAUUGAGUACGACCAAGUGCUGGUACUCACUCAAGCCAAGGCAGCACAGAAAGCUACAAACAACUUGGUCAAUCAAUUAAAUAAGCGGAUAGCCUCUCUUGAAAUCCAGUCCCGAGCUACAACACACAUGGCAGACCCAAGCCAGACAACGGCUCAACCCAAGGCAUCCGCAGCAACGCCCAAAGGGGCAAUCACGCAGCCAAAUCCACCAGCCAAAUCCACCAAAAGCCGGGGCCAAACAUUUGGAAAGAAUCCAACAGGCUACAACCUCUACCAAGCCGCCGUUAGCAACCUGCCAAUCAAUUGGCUCUUGAUGCAAAACUUCCCACUCACCCCCGGCACUUUUAGUCAAUCGGCUAGUACCUGUAUACGUUGCGGCAAAGGAAGCCAUGCAAGCAAAAUCUGCUACGGGAGAGCCCUGCCAGAGAAGGAGAUGGAGUGGAGGAAGCGGGCAAAGGAGGAGCUGGGAGCGGUAAAGCCGGGCCCAACAAAGGCCAAAAUUUUCCAAGUGCUGGUUGAGAAGUUUGGCAAGGAGGUGGCGGAGAUCCUACCCAACAACGCACACAUGCCGCCCACACUCCCUUUUCAGCAAUGGACAUACCUUACAGCAGACAAAAACCACGCAGUCAAAACCCAAGGCACUAUUGACGCAGGAUUGCAGGCCAACGUACUUGACGCAGCGCUUUGGGCCGCAAACAAAAGUAACUUAGGCCCCUUGAAACCCUCCCAAACUCUGCUUCAAGUAGCAGAUGGCAAAGCGUCACAAUGCUUGGGACAAUGGUCCGGCCAAGUCAAGCUAGAAGGACAGGCGUUACGGUCAAACUUUGAAGUCUUUGAUUCAGGCGGGGCAUUUGAAGUCCUACUAGGAAAGCCCUGGCUCACACAAGUCAAGGCAACGCAAUCAUUUGUUGACGAUACCCUGCACUUACCAGGUCUGAGGCCCAUCCCCAACGCAUACCCACUCACGGAAAAGCAGACAGAAGAACCAGAAGAAUUGAAGACAGAACCGGAGGAGGUGAAAGUAGAACUAAAGGAAGAAGAGCCAAAGAAGGAACAAGGGCGUAGACAGAGCAGGAGGCUGGCAGCAAAAGGGAGCCGAUAUUGGGUAUCCAAGACCCAAGUGGAGCUACUGGAGGCGGAGGUUGGGAUGCGGGAGACAGGACCAGGAGGAGGCGGUCAGGAAACCCCAGAGGCAAAGCUUGACGAAGCAGUAGCAAGGGCAAAACGAGCUCUAGCCCGACAAGAAAGAGCAGAAGCACUAGCACUAGAAAAAGAAUUGGAAAUACUGAACAUCAACAAGGUACACAACGCGCACAUACCCGUCAACCAAUCCCAGCAACAGACAAACCCAUUUGCAGCGGAACAAGUGGCAAAAAUCCAAAACCAAGUAGUUGUUGGCAACAACCUUUUGGAAAGCCAGAAGGCAAGCAUCCAAGCACUGGUAGCAAGCUACGCAGACGUCUUUGCACUGGACCUAUUGGAAGUAAGGGCAGUCAAAACACACUCGCACAAACUCAAUAUCCCACCUGAAACAAAAUUCCGCACCCAGGUAGGCCAGAAACUGCUCUCACAAGCCCAAAGAACCUGGCUGUAUUCAACGUUAGACAAAAUGGAAGCAGCAAAUAUCAUCAAACGAGUACCAAACACCUUCCCAGCAGCAGUAUCACCCACCAAUGUAGUCCCCAAACCGGGAGGAGCCAAAGAACCAUCCCUUGAAUACAUCCAGAUGUUAGCCAACAGAGCCUGCAAAGAAGUAGGAAUCCCGGUACAAUACCCAAGUCCAACACCACUGCCAACGGCCCCCACCAAGAGAGAGGAAAAAUUCCGGCUAGUCCACAACUUUGCCAAGGUCAACGAAGUUACCCAGAUACCAGCAUUUCCCAUGGGUGACCUGGCGGCAAAGCAGCAGAAUGUUGCAGGGUACAAGCGCGUCUGUACCAUAGACUUUGCCUCAGGAUUCAACGCACUACCAAUGGAGGAGUCAAGCAUCAAGUACACCGGAUUUUAUGUCGAAGGAAGAGGGCAUUACGUCUACCUUCGUAUGCCCUUUGGCUUAACAGGAGCCCCAACCGCGUUUUGCAAAAUGCUUGCAGACGCCUUGUACGACUUGCUUGGGGAUGGAGCGGAGGUGUGGAUGGACAAUAUUUGCCUAGCGUUCAACAACUUUGACGAAGGAUUGAGCAAGUUAGGAAGGCUGUUGGAUAGAUGCAGAGUGAGAGGGCUGUCAAUUGCACCGGCAAAAACACACCUGUUCAUGGAGGAAGCGGUAUUUGCGGGAGCCAAGGUUUCGGAAAGAGGGAUUGAGCCGGACAGGAGAAAAGUACAGGCUAUACUGGAAUGGCCGGAGCCAACGUCAGUCCUAGAAGUAAUGGGGUUCCUGGGGAUCACAGGCGCGUUCCGAGCAAAGAUUAAGGAUUACGCACGAAUUGCGCAGCCACUGUCGGACCUGGUACAAACAGUAAAAGUAAAGAAGAGAGCAGACGGGAGAUCGGUCAAAGGGGAAUACAAACGAGCAUUAGAAAACGCAAAAGUGGAAUUAACAGACGAAGCAAAGAAAGCAUUUAUCGAACUUAAACUCAUCUUAACAACAAACCCAGUCCUACGAGCACCAGAAUACGACGGGCGGAGCUUUAGAAUCACUACGGACGGGUCAAAGUACGGAUUUGGGGCGAUGCUGUCGCAGGAAUGGGACGAGGAGGAUACGAGGAGUGGAACAACAAAGAAAAUAUCAUACCCGAUUGCGUUCGCAUCAAAAAGAACAUCGCAAACCAAAGAAAAAUACGCACCGUUUUUACUCGAAUUCGCAGCACUCAAGUUUGCGUUUGAUUCCUUUGCACAAAUCAUCGCCGCACAGGACAUCGAAGUCGAAACCGACUGCAAAGCACUAGCGGACCUAUUAGGAAAUAAAAAGAUUAGUUCAACGCAUGAAAGAUGGAGAAAUACAAUAGUAGCACACCGAAUCGUGGCAGUUAGACACCGACCCGGAGCAGAGAACCCGGUCUGCGAUGGACUCAGUCGGAUGUGGCAGUAUCGAGAGGACUCGGAAGAAGGGAACGGACGAGAGGAAACAGUAGAUCCGGAUUGGGAAGCACACAAAGGACUAUUAGUAGAAGUCCAAUAUGUAAUGGAAGAUACGGAGGCAGGAGAGACGCUGAAGAAGUUUGAUGGGGACGAAUACUUCGGAGACAUCGUGCGGUACCUGGUCCUAGGGGCAGCGGACGGAGAAGAUUUGACACCGGCAAACAUCGAGAGGGCACAGAAGCGAGCCGCGCACCGAGCGGUUGGAUUUGAAGUUGCAGAAGGAAAAUUGUGGCGAGUAGCAGGCAAGGGGUCGACUAGAGCACCACGAGUAGAAUGCAUACCGAAGAAGGAGGGAGCAGCAUUAGCACGGGCCACGCACGAAGCAACAGGGCACUUCGGGAGGGACCUAACAAUCCUGACCCUGCAAGACAAAUACUUUUGGCCGAAUAUGCGAUCGGACCUUAUGAACGCCCUUUUAGCACCCAUUACACGCGCUCGACCAUUCGACCUCAUCUGCGGCGAUUACUUGUCACUACCUACCGGUACUGGAGGAUUCAAAACAGUCUUGCUAGUCAUCGACGUAUAUAGCCGAUUCACCUUUGGCUUCGCCACACGGGACGCAGGAACAGGAGCAUUCACAGUCAAAUGCCUAGACAAACUAUGCGACGCGUUUAUGAUCCCAGGAAGCUUUAUGUCAGACAACGGGUCGCACUUCGACUGCCACAAAGUCAACGAAUGGGCAGAUAACCAAGGCGUCUCGAUCAUCCACUCACCACCCCACUCACCCUGGGUCAAUGACCUUGGGAAAAGCCCCGGAGACCCGAACCGUCCGCCAUCACCCCCCACUCGAUCAUGGCCAAAAUUCCUGCAAAAAGCCAUUCGAGACAUGAAUGACCGCAUACUCCCAUCCCUCGGAUACUCCCCCCGCGAGCUCUUAACAGGUGUCCUGACAGCCGACCGCAACUACAAAACUGGGGCCCACAUUCGACAACACUACGCGCCGCUCGGUAACGAACAGACACCCCCAGUCGACGUCAAUAUGGCCCUUUCAUACGCACUACGCCAAGAUGGAGCAGAACGAGCCUUAGCACACGCCCGAGCCCGCAAACAUGCCUUCGACUCGAAAAUCAAGCCGUUACUAGCAGAGCCAGGGGACCUAGUCCAGAAGUACGACCCGCGCUGGGACAAUACCCACAGUAACGAGCGAAAACUGGCGCAACGUUGGUCCAACCCACUUCGUAUACGCGAGAGACGCAACGCCUCAUACGUCUUAGAAGACCUCGAAGGAAACAUCGUGUCCCUCAGCACACACGCGCGUUACCUGAGACCAUACACGCCUGAACCCAAGAGCACACUGCACAAGGCGGACCGACUGGCCCCCGAGGAACCUGAGCCGCUGUUUCCUGGGAGCCACAAAGACUUCUAA